AUGAGCUUCGAUAAACUGAUGCUAAAUCGACCAAAUUAUACUGCAAAAAAAAUAUUAUCACCAUUAUUUGCGUCAGCCAGGCCUCUAGAACUUGUUCUAACUCCUACUUUGAACAAAACUGAAAACAAAGAUAGACCAUCAAAUUUUAUAGACACUUAUAGAAAAAAUUUACAUUAAAAACAUGAUUCCAAUAAAUCUUAAUCUAUUAACAUUAAAAAAUAAAGAGUGCAGGAUGCCUAUAACUCAUUGUCAGAUUUUAAUGACAAAAAAUAAAUUAUUGCAUCUCUUAAAACUCUGAAUUCAGCUGAUGAGAGAAUUCAAUUAAUCGAUAAAAUCUUAGAGAGAAAAGAUGAAAUGAUGGUAGCAUAAUUAAAAUUAAAAGCUGUCAAAUUAGAACCCAUCUUCAACGUUAUUAGAAGGAAGUUGAGAAAAUAGCGAUUAGGAAGUGCCACUCCCAAUCAGUCAAAGAAAGGAACCGUCAUUAUGCGCCAAAAGACAUCAGAAGACUUAGCAAAAACCAAUACAGACCAAACCAGAGACAACAAAGAAAAAUAAGAUCAUAGUCUACAGCAAUAAGAAACUAUGAUUGAAGAUUAAAUCAUUGAAAAACUAUAAGCCAAAUUCACUGCUGGAGUAGCAUUUUCUUGGCUUGCAAAUCGACAUGACACUAAACAAGGUAGUUCUACGUUCCUAUAAAUUUUAGUCCAGCUAGAUCCCGAUCCUACUGAACGGUAAUACUUGAGAAGAUCGACUGCCUUACAAUAUGGGAAAAACACCAUGAAUAGGCUAAAACAAUAGGUUUCCAAAAAAGUAAGCGAAAACUCUGACGAACUUAUUAGACUAGGAAAUUAUAAGUAGGAGCCCAAAAAAGAAAAAAAUGAUCUAAGCAAAAUCAAAGCGAAAGUUGAUUCUGGGUUAAUUAAACCUUAGCACCUAGCACUACCAAAUGUUAAUAUUAUAAAACGAUAAGAUACUCUGGCAUAUGUUACAUCUGAGAGAAAAGAAAUUUCUACUCUUGGAGAAAUCUAAGCAUUAAGAAGUGACAGUAAAAUAAGAUUCUAAAAACUCUGA